AUGGGAGUCCCAGCGGGCUUCGCCGAGACCCUCCAGACCGCUGGCAUACGCGCUCUGGAGCUGCUGGCCAUCCGCCAGAUCCUGAUCUCCGCGGUGCCUCCGUGCCCUGCGGUCUGGCUGGCGUGCCCGCCCGCGAACGUCAGCUGCCCGCCGCAGGGGCUCGACGUGCCCUCGGCCCUGUGGGGGGGCCUGGCAGGGCUCUGGGCGGGCCUUGGGCUGAGCGGCGCCGCGUGGAGGCGCGGCCGCACGCCCGAGGUGGGGGCGCCUGGAGUUGGUGACCGAGCUCGGGAGCAGCUGCAGCCGUUGAGGCUGGUCACAGGCGUCUCGCUCGGGGACCCGGGGCUGGUCAGCACGUACUCCCAAUGCGGGGACCACUACGCGGAGCACGCGACCUCGGACGACCUUGUGGACGCGCGCUGGUGGGGGGCCCAGGGCGCGACCCCCGAUGGGGUCAAUCCAGCGCACGUCUACCGCUUCCGCCAGGUGCCCACCGCAGCGGAGGUGCAGCAGCUGAUCAGUGAGGGCUCGCUCCUGGUCGGAGGUGUGGCGCCCGCUGCGGCGGCUGGCGCCGCGGCUGUCGCGCCCGCCGCGCCCGCGGGUCCGCGGGGCGUGGCCCCCGCAGGUGCGCCCGCGCCGCGGGGGUCCGUGGCGGACGUCGACGCGUUCAUGGUGGACGACCUGCGCGAGCUGCCCGUCCGCGUCAACCAGGAGGGGGCUCGGCGCCGCUUGUUCAGCGAGGCGGUGGACAUCCAGGUCGGCGACGAGCCCGAGGGCGGCGUCAUGUUGUCGGGACCCCGCGCCUGCGCGUGGGUGCUGAGGUCGCGGAGAGAUGCCGGGCUCACGCAUAUCACUCACCACGCCAACUGGCUCCGCUCAGGGCGCAUUCCCGACGGCGACCGCUCGGUGCACGAGCAUGAGGUGCUGGCGAGGGUGCUGGACUCGAUGGUCACCGCCGACCAGCUCAACGCCCCCGCGCUGCAGAGCGCUGAGCUGAUCUGCCGCGGGAUCCAGCUCGUCGAGGACGCGCACGCGGCGUCGCUCUCGAACCCCGACUACUCGGCCGCCGACGACUACAUGGGCUGGGCCACCCACCGCCAGGGCGCCGCCGUCGCGCCCGACACGUCGCCAUCGCUAUGCGCGACCGAGCUGCGCGCAGGCAGUCCUCAGCCUGCAGAAGGUCACCUGUGGGGCCCUUCCGGUCUGGGGGCAGCGGCAGAUCGCCAGCGCGAUCUCUCCCCGUUGCCCUCGAUUCAGCCGACUCCGCCGAGCUUGUCUCCAGCUUCAUCGUCCACGAGGCGAAGGUUGGCACAUCGGCGGCAGACGGAGCAGUGUGCCAAUGAUGCCAUUGCUGGGCUCAACGCACUCCACCCUCCGCGUGAGCAGCGCGGGCCCCUCGCGGCGGCUCGGCGCCUAGCGACCGCCGCAAUUCUCCACGAGGUCAGGCUGGCCCCAAAGUCUGACUCUCACUUCUCUCGCCGCGGGGCCGCCAAGGAGCUCCUGGCUUCCAGCCUGUCCUACACCGCGGGCGAGGCACCGAGUCCAGUAGCGCGGUGCGUCAGAUCCCGCGUCGACAUCCCAGAAGUGGGCGCGGCCAUGCCUCCCGUCGAGUCGGUGCUCGAUGAGGUCGGGGAGAGCUACGUGGUGGACUACAGGCAGACAAUCAUGAAGACUCCUGGCGAGUGGGCCCGUGUCCGGGACAGCGAGCCGCCCGUCACUCCGCGCAUGGGUGAAGUUCUGAAGCGUGACCCAGUUGCUUAUAAUACCUUCAUCGGCGACUUGGCGAGGGCUAACAUGCUGGGCUUCACGCGCCGCCCGAAGGACCUGGUCACCCCCAUCUUCGUGGCCAAGAAGAGCGGGGCCCAGCGCCUCGUCUGGGGCGCUCGCGUGUCCAAUCGUCGUGUUCGUGACCCGCCGCCGCUGGCCAUGGGGGCAUCGGCGGCGCAUGGUCGCCUUCAACUUCCCGAUGAUCGUGAUGAGGCGGGCGGCUACAGCACCGAGCUCUUCUGCGCCCAGGCGGGCGUGCGCAACUACUUCUACGCGGUCGGCCUGAGGGGGAAGCACGGCGUUGAAAUCCACGAGGUGGUCGAGGAUUCCGACGUGUUCACCAGCCUCGGCCGCCUGAUCGACGGCUCCUCGGGGCGCGUUUUCUCGCGCCCUGGGCGCACCGAGCGCCUCCGCCAGGCCUCUUUGCGGCUAGAGCAGCGCCCCAGAGUCGCGGGCAGAGAGGUGGAUGAGGCCUCGGAGGGGCCGCGCGACGUCUUCACUGAUGUCGAGGCCGCCCAGCCCCCCAGGCUCACCAACGAGGACCGCGUCGAGGACCCCUGGGAGCUCAACCCGCACUUCACGGAGGUGUCCGCGAGGCUCUGCAAGCGGAGCUUCCUGGUGUGGAACGCGGUGACGCCAGAGACCCAGGCCUACUACAAGGAGGCCCUCGACGACUUCCAGGCGUUCGUCGAACUCCACGCUCUGCCGUUGUACACCGCGGCCCAGGUCGACCUAGCGCUGACGAGCUACGGCGACUACGCCUGGAGCACUGGGCUCGAGGGGGCCGUCGUCCCGAAGACGUAUGCCGCCUACAUCUCGGAGCACCCAAAUUUUUCCCGAAAGGAGUCGCUCCGCCUGCCGCGUUUCUGUCGGGCCCUCCAGGGCUGGAGGCGCCUGGGCCCGUGCCGGACUCGCCCGCCGAUGCCGUGGCAGACAGUGGCCCUCGUGGCCCUCGUGAUGGCCACGCAGCUGGCUGCCCCGCGCGCAGCGCUGGUGGUGGUGACGAUGUUCUGGGCCUACCUCAGGCCCUCCGAGGCCGCCGGGCCGCGCGAGCAGGACCUCUCCCCUCCUGGGGGCUCGUCGAAGGACUACGGCUUCAACCUGCGCCCCAGCGCCAGGGGCGAGAGCAGCAAGACCAGCCUCUCCGACGAGAGCCUGCUCCUCGACUCUCCCGAGGCGCCGAGGCUGGGCCCGCUGCUGGCUCGCGCCCGAUCAGGGGAUCCGCGCGCCCCGCUGUUCAGGCUGACGGCCGCGCAGCUCGGCCUCUUCUGGCGCCGAGCGCUGGUGCCCGCAGGAAUACCGACCAAGUACGUGCUGUGCCAGCUCCGCCACGGCGGGCCGUCGCGCGACCGGCUCAUGCGCCACCGCUCCAUGGCAGAGAUCAAGGCCCGCGGACGGUGGGCCAGCGACUACACCAUGAAGAGGUACGAGGCGCACGCUAUGGUACAGCAGGAGCUGGCGCCCCUCACGGACGACGUCCGCCGCCGUGCCGAAGCGGCGCCGCGCCGACUGCGCGCCGAGCUCGAGCGACUGCACGCGCCGCCGCGCACCUUCUACAAGGGCGCGGCCGCCAGGGCACGGAAGGAGCCGUUCGUCGAGCUCAUGCGCGGCUCCGCCAAACUGGCCAAGGCAGCUCAUGCCGCCGGCCGGGCUGCAGAGGGCUGGGGCCGCGCAGAUGGGCCGGGAUCCGAUCUUCUUGGUGACGGGCUCGUCGAUCGCUUGAUCAUGAGGAUCUCUCGAACGGCUGUCGCUGGAGUGCACGUCGGUCUGGGCCGUAAGACGUGGUCGAGGGCGCGGAAGAAUGAUGGCCUCGGCCCGCGCCCGCUAAGAGAUGACAUGCGCGCACAUGGCCUGGGGCAUCUCUCGGCGGCGGACGCUGAGAAAGUAUGGCUUGGAAGACGCUUGUUAGCUAAUGUUAUGCGCUUGCUGGCGGCCGCCAUUAAGGCAGAAACCGCCUCUUCUCUCGAGGACCCUCGAUCGUCUCGCCUGCGGCUAGUCCCUGAACUUUUAGAUCUGGCCCACGCGGCGAAGGCUGAAUGGGCUCAUGUAGAUUAUUGCCAGUGCAGCGCUCCCUGGAGGAAGUCGACCACGUUUCUGCUUUUCAACUGGCGGCCAGCCCAGCCGUCCCUCCGCGUUUGCUCAGGUUCUCAGAAAAGAUGUAAUGUCACAGGCAAGAGUCACAUCGCGCUGAAGGGUAAAGAACCUCUCGGCGUGUUCUGGACAGCGAGGGCGUGCCCAUGCCCUCCGGCGCUCUGCAAAGAUCUUGCUGAGCUGGUGGUGACCAAAGCCAAGACGCUUUAA